AUGCAGAGUCUGCUCCACGGCGUACGCGAGUACUUGACGCCCGUCCUGACCGAGUCGUCGUUCGAAGACAAGGGAUUGCUGACACCAGAAGAGUUCGUCAAGGCUGGCGAUUUGCUCGUGUACAAGUGUCCCACGUGGCGGUGGGAGGGCGGCGAGCCAAGUCUCCGACGCGCUUAUUUGCCCGCCGCCAAGCAGUUUCUCGUCACACGCAACGUGCCGUGUCGUCGUCGCGUCACGUCUUUGGAACAGAGUUAUCAGGCCGAAGAAGCAGUGGAAGGAGAAGACGAGUGGGUGGCUGCUUCGUCGUAUGCUCAGGAAAGCGGUGGUAGCUCCAAUACUAUCAUCCCGGAUCUUGGACAAGCGAUGGACGACUGCUCGCUCUCGGACCACGAGAUGAAGAAUUCCAAGGACAAGUACAGUACUGGCAGCAAGAGCUCCAGCAGUAUCUUGGACGCUAUUGUGGACCACCACUUUGUUGAUGGACGGUCGGUUGCUUCUGCUGAAUCCGAGUUGCGAGACUUGAGCUCGUAUGACGACGAGGAUAAUCUGGUCGAAGACGUGGAGAAUGACGACGACGAAGCGGCACUUGGCCCGGCACCUGGUAGUUACCUCGUGGCCAGUGAACCCGAUGACGCUGAUGACGCGAUCUUGCGCACCCGCACGUACGACUUGUCCAUCACGUAUGACAAGUAUUACCAGACACCGCGGGUGUGGCUCUUUGGCUACGAUGAGCGCAACGCGCCGCUCAGUGGCGACCAGAUGUUCGAGGACAUUAUGCAGGAUUACGCCAAUCGCACCGUGACCAUGGAGCCGCAUCCGCACCGGAGUUCACUGGUGCAUGCGUCCAUCCACCCGUGUCAACAUGGAGCUGUCAUGAAGCGCAUUAUUGCCAACCUCAAGGCGCGUGUACCUGGUGACAGGGAGACGGAAGAGCAGGUCGCGAAUGAACUUCGUUGUGAUCAGUACCUCUUCCUUUUUCUCAAGUUCGUGCAGUCGGUUAUUCCGACGAUUGACUACGACUACACAAUUGAAGUGAACGCUAAGCAGUGA